AUGCCCGGUACUAUGGUCGCAAAAAUACUUGCAAGAAUCUCUCUCUCCCUCGCUUGGUCGACUCUUCUCAGGCUGGACGUCCCUUCCUCUUCUACCACGCCUGAUGGUACCGGCAUACUCACCGAGGCGGACAAGAACGAUCUCUCCAAGAAGAUCGGGCAAUACUUCAAGAACAUUCAACGGGUGAUACAUCAGAACAGCACGGAAGAGUUGCAGAUGAAGACGAGAGAGAUGAAUGAGAAGAAAAAAGUGAAGAGCCGGGCGGGCAAGAGGUUUGCGCAAGUAUCAAGAGGAGUCGAUUUCGACAGCUCCCUCCUCGGCAGAUGUCAAGAGUCCGACCUCCUCCGGCACAUAUUUCUCGACCUCUUCAAGCAGAACAACUCUUUCUUGCCGUUCAUGUACGAUAUCCCCAAUGAAGAGAGGGAGAUAUGUGCGGUUUGGAGGGAUAUUUGGUGUGGGCUAUCGGGGCAGGAACAGCAGGAGGGGGAGGAUGUUUGGAUUGUGGAAGAUCCGGAAUGGUGGUCGCCUUGGCUGAAGAAGGCAUACUGGACGUAUUACUACGAAGCCAACCCUAGAGUCCCAAGAGAGAGAAGGACGUUGCAGAGCUUGGAGAAGGCUGUGGGGGUGGAGAUUGGGAUGGGAUGUAGCGUAUUGCUGCAUCUAGCGCCUUUGGGCGUGCUUGAAGAGGGAGAUGGGGAAAUGCUGAUUGCAAUGAGGAGGGAGGUUCCGGAGGCGUAUAAUUAUGGGAAGGAGAUCGGGAGAAGAGUCAUGAUGGCGGACGAAGAGCUUCACGAGAUAGAAGUCGCCGCCAACAAGCAGCCCGUCAAGCUCGCCCGUGUCCUCAAGGUCCUUGGCCGAACCGGCUCCCGAGGUGGUGUUACCCAAGUCCGAGUCGAGUUCAUGGACGAGUCCAACCGAUCCAUCAUCCGAAACGUCAAGGGCCCCGUCAGGGUCAACGACAUCCUCGCUUUGUUGGAGUCUGAGCGUGAGGCUCGUCGUCUCCGUUAA